AUCGAUAAGGAAGUAAACGCUACAUUGAUCGCAACAUAUUGUAAGCCUUCGCUAGUAGACUUCUUCGCGGACAAUAAGAAUGGUGCAACGAUAACACCAGGUUUCAUCAUCGUUCCCAAACCAUAUAAUUCAUCAAAUUCAGUUAAGUAUGCUUAAUAAUAUUUACACAUAUCACUAUAAACAGUCGUGAAAAGGUUUGUACAUCUAACUAAUCGAACACAGGUAAGUAAAUUUGAUGGUAAGUAUGAAUUUGCUUAUUAUUGCUAUGGGUUCUGAUCAAGUGCUGGAGUUGUCGCUUUGUCGUUAAUCGUAGGCUCGAAGAACUCACGCUUCGAGCUGUUCCGAUAAGCGACCGUAUCCAUUUUAACGCUACCAGCAAACCUAGUUGGUAGACAAAAAGAACAACUUAUGCCUUACAAGAACUGUAAAAGGCUUGUGAGGUCUAUCAGUAUUUUAUCUACAGGUCUUCGAAUUGAUCCGAAUAUUCUGAACGAUUUCCGAAGCAUGUUUGUUUCUCUAUCGUUGAAUUAAUCCGAGUAAUAUUCCGAACGAUUUCCGAGCCAAAACCGAUUUUUAUUCUACCCGAAAAUUUCAUUUCGCGGGCCAUACAUAAGCCAGUCAGAGCAUGCGCUGAGUUUACAUAUUUUAUUAUGUGCGCCUAGUAAUUGUUAUUUUAAUUUUGUCUUUUAUUUACAAACAAAGUUGAUGUUAAGAAUCAUGAACUGAAGACUAAUUCUACUGUCAAAGAAGGCGGGGACAUCAAGCUUAGUUGCAGAGUGUGCAGCAAUGGUACUGCAGUUUGGAAAAAAGAAGAGAAAGAAAUCAAGUCAUCAUCCAGUCGAAUACAGAUACAGGGCUCAGAACUCGUAAUUAAGAACGCAACGAUCUCUGAUGCAGGGAUUUACAAAUGUAUCAAGAGGGAAUCUCGAUGCAAUGGUACCAAUACAAUCAACUUAUGGGUUUUAGUAACCAUCAAAGUGAAAAUGAGUCUGCGCGUUUUGAACUGGAAUUUCACCAAAAACAUGACAAACAAGUCAUCUAAGGAAUUCAAGGACUUCGAGACAAAUUUCCAGGCACAGAUGGAUAUAGUCUACAAAAACUUCACGGGAUACCAAGGAGUCGAAAUAUUGGAGCUAGUUAAAGGCAGUGUAAGGGUGCGAUACCGGGUUAUUAUCCGUCUGACGGUCAAAGAUGAAAAUCAGCGAACAGUCGGUACUAGAGUCAAAGUGACAAUUGAAGUCAUCAAAAGACUGAAGACGGGUUUUGUGGCGAACUUACAAGUGGACUCAAGUCCCGAGUCAAUGGAAAUCGACUCUCCCCCUCCUGCUCCUGAAAACUUGAAUGCCGCAACCAUAUAUGAAGAUGGAGUAUCAUUUAUCUGGGAUAGGCCACAAAACUACGAAUAUUUUGCUGUCAAGAAUUAUUUCAUCCAGUGCUGGGCUCAUGGGAAGGAGUCAAGCCCGAGAACAAAAACUGUCAGUCAUGGCGACAUUACAGCUGAAUUCAGAGGGUUGGAAUCAGAUAAACCAUACAGAGCUAAAGUUUUGGCAGUCAACAGCAAUGGAAAUAGUGAAGGAAGAGACCCUAUUGAAUUCAGAACUAAAAAAAGAACACUCAAAGAUUGGGAAAUCGCCCUCAUCGUGUUAAGUAGUGUCAUAUUCAUCAUCAUCAUUGUAGCUUUGGUUAUUAUUUGUUGCCGACGAAUUAGACAAGAAAACCGGCGAAGACAACACGAGGAAGUGUUCCMAAUGAAAAACGCCAAAAGUAUUAAAGCUGGCUCGCUCUAUGUGGAGGAUAUUGGCAGAGAAUUGAAGUCAUACACAAACAUAAGCUAUGAUUCUCACCAAUGGAAAUCAUUUCCAAAAGAAGAUUUGGUACUUUCUAAUAAGCUUGGAGAAGGUGAAUUUGGAGCUGUUUACAAGGGUCAACUGCUAGACGGUGGAACACCAAGGGAAUGCGCUGUCAAGACUUUACGAGGUGACAUAACGCCAGCAAAGAUUAGCCUAUUGAUAGGUGGCUUAUAUUUUAUCCAUUUAGGCAUUUUGUACGUCAUUGUGGAAUACGCUGAAAAUGGUUCAUUGAAAGAAUUCCUUGAAAAGAAUAAUGAAAGACCACUUGACUAUAACACUAGAUUGAGCAUAGCACUGGGCGUGGCAAAAGGAAUGGCUUUUCUGGAAAAGAAAAGGUGUGUUCAUCGCGAUCUUGCUGCCAGAAAUGUUCUCUUGGAUGGGAAACUCGAGGCUAAAGUAGCMGACUUUGGAUUGUCACGUGAUAUAUAUGAAAGUGGAGCUUAUGAAAUGACAACGACGGGGAAGAUGCCUACCAGAUGGAUGGCUCUGGAAUCACUUGAGAUGAGACGGUUUAAUUCCAAAACCGAUGUAUGGUCAUUUGGAAUUCUUCUUUGGGAAAUCGAAUCCAAAGGUCGACAUCCCUAUGGAGCAAUUAAUUUCAAAGAACUGCUCGACUUUAUAAAGAGUGGUCGUCGAUUGGAGAAGCCAACCAUCACACCUGAUGAGUUGUAAGAAAUUAUUUGUUCAUGAUGGCUAACCUACAAAUACAUUUUUUCCAUUCAAACACUGA